UCGAUUAAAAUGCUAUUGUUGGGAGGGGAAAAUCUACUGUAGUUUUUAAAAGGAAAAUUCAAAUUUAGUGUUAGAUUAAUCCAACAAAUCGAAUAAAAUUUAGUUCAUGAAAUCAUCUGGUGUGCUUCCACGCUAUGUACUCGGAAGGAGUUAUGAUUAUGCAUAAUACAGAUUUACUGAUGUAGAAAUAAACUAAAAGAAAUAAAAAUAUUUCUAUAAAGGUAGGUAUGCGACACGUUUAUUUUAGAGAAUGGUGCCCCUUUUGUCUAUGUUGUAACUUGACAUGGUUUCCGAACGGAUUUUUGUGAAAUGGCGAAUUUGUGAUUCUUGUGGAUCAAUUUAUUUUAUUUGAAAAAUAGUUUUUUAUCGAAAAUAUGCAGUAUUGUGAGAUGUUAAACUAUGUGUAUUGAAUAUAAAAACAUGUUCAUCUUCAAUUAACUUCGUUAUUAGUAUGAUAUACGAAACCAGUUGAUUGCAUUUUAUCAAGUGUUAGGUUUCCUCGCGAAACAAAAUCUACAUAGGGUGUUACUAUGAAUAAUAACUGUGCUGGAGUUGGUGCGGGUGCCGUGGGUGGUGGAGGUGGAGCAUAUGAUGCUAAAAUAGCUGGAUUGUAUGAUUUGCUGGAUACUCUGGGCUCAGGACAUUUCGCUGUUGUGAAGCUAGCUCGUCAUGUUUUUACAGGGGAGAAAGUAGCAGUUAAAGUCAUAGAUAAAAGUAAAUUGGAUGAAGUCUCGAAGUCACAUUUAUUCCAAGAGGUGCGCUGUAUGAAAUUAGUUCAGCACCCCAAUGUAGUGCGUCUGUAUGAAGUAAUAGACACUCAAACUAAGUUAUACUUAAUAUUAGAAUUAGGAGAUGGGGGUGAUCUGUAUGAUUACAUAAUGCGGCAUGAAUCAGGUUUAUCAGAAUCUCUUGCCCGAGACUAUUUCCGUCAAAUAGUUCGAGCUAUCUCAUACUGCCACAGGUUACAUGUUGUACAUCGAGAUUUGAAACCAGAAAAUGUAGUUUUUUUCCAAAAAUUUGGUGUAGUGAAAUUGACUGACUUUGGAUUUAGCAAUAAAUUUUGUCCGGGUCAGAAGUUGGAAACCUCUUGUGGGUCACUUGCUUAUUCGGCGCCUGAAAUUCUUCUUGGUGAUUCAUAUGAUGCACCUGCAGUUGAUGUCUGGUCUUUAGGAGUAAUACUUUACAUGCUUGUCUGUGGUCAAGCUCCCUUCCAAGAAGCUAAUGACAGUGAAACAUUAACUAUGAUUAUGGAUUGCAAAUAUACUAUUCCACAACAUAUAUCAAAUUCUUGCAAAAGGCUUAUAGGCAGAAUGCUUGUUAGGGAGCCAGAAAAACGUGCAACUCUUUCUGAAAUUGCCACUGAUCCCUGGGUAACAGCUGGUGAAGGAGUAACGGUAGAAGAUUUUGAUACACCAUUGGUAGCCAAAGAGCAACUGUCGGAAGAUGACCGCACAGCUAUAAUUCAAAGAAUGGUGAAUGGUUCUAUCGCUUCAAAGGAACAGAUAUUAGAAGCUUUAGAGAAGAAUGAGUACAACCACAUCACUGCUACUUAUUACCUGUUAGCUGAAAGGAAACUCAGAUCAAAAAGGCAGGAGGCCCGGCGGCGGCCGGAGGCACUGGGCGUGGGGCGCGCGGCCGCGGCCCCCGCGCCCGCGCCCGCGCCGCGCUCGCUGCUGGCGCCGCCCUCGCUGUCCGCCGCGCCGCGCACGCCUCAGGACGUGCCGCCGAAAGUUAUAUCAUUAUUACUGGUACCUUGUCAGUGUAUUGACUUAAAUUAUAUUCACAGCGGUCUCGGAAGUGCAGUAUCGUCCGCGAAGAGGAAGAUGAUGAAGAGAGUUCGGUCCCCGGCGGAUGCGGCGCGCGCGCUGCUGACGCGAGGCGCGGCUCGCGGUCCGAGGGCCGCCUGCACCUGGCCGCGCGCGCCGCUCACGCGCCACACGCGCCGCCCGCCACGCACGCGCCCCCUGCGCCGCGCCCGGCGCUGCUCGCCGACAACUUCACCAAGGUCAGCCCACGGUCGCGAGCUCCGGCGUCCUCGCCCGACGCCCGGAAGGUGCGACCGACCGAAUUCUACCUUGUCGCAGGUGAACUUGGAUGACGAAGGGUCUGCAGACACGAAGGCGCGCGGAGCUCCGCCCCCGGCGCCCCCGCCCGCGCGACGUCAGCGUCUCGAAUGUCGCCGACGACGCGCUCGGGCCGGUUCCUGCUCGUCCUCGGAUCUGUCGGAUGACGAUUCCGAAAAGAAGAAACGCGCUGCAGAGCACGCGGACGGGCCGCCGGAGCGCGCGCGUCGCGACUCGCACGACGAUUCCAGCGAUAGCCAAGAGCGCGGCGGAGGCGCGGGGGCGCUGGGCGGGCGCGGUGGCGGCGCGCGGACCGCGGCUCCGGCGCCGGCGCCUGCCGAGCGGGGCGCGGGCGGCGCGGCGGGCGACGGGCGCGCGGGCGGCCCGGCCGGCGCGGCGGGAGGCCGGCGGCGGCGCGCGGCGCGCAAGGAGAGCCGCCUGCGCGAGUCGCGCUCGCUGAACCGCAUCGCGGAGGUGGAGGAGGCGAGCGGCGGCGCGCGCUGGGGCGGCGGCGGGCUGGUGGCGCUGUGCGGCCGGCCGCUGCUGCGCCUGCUGGCGGCCGCGCGCCCGCCGCCCGCCACGCGCCGCCUGCACGGCCUGUGCUAG